UUACUGGGUACACACUCGAACACACACACACAGUUGUCAGGUGCUGUGGUGCUGUUUUGACUCGAUGAAUAGUUUCUAAAUAGUCUGUAAAAACUAACGAAGUGCUGGGAAACCUUUCUUCUUCAAACUGUCAGGAGCAGAACUCAUAUAUUUAGUAGAUUGUUUGAAUAAAAACAUGUUUUCCAGCAUGAAGUUGCAGUGUUCUAAGUUGUCGAGAGUCAUAAAUUGAAAAGCUCGGAUGGAUAAACAAAACUGAGAAGAUUUUACUUUGAAAAAUGUCAUUGUGGCUGAGCUCAGGUGCCUUUGGUGCAUCAGUCACACUGACAGCAGCUGAGGUUCAGGCAGGUCAGACUCUGCUAAGCAGCUCCUCUGGUUACUGCAUUCUGGAGUUUAUCGGUGAAGGCUGCUCCGGUAAAGUGGCCAAGUGCCGAAAUAUGGCAACAAAAGAGACAGUGGCUGUUAAGAUCCUCAAGAAGGACACUGAUUUCAUCCAGGACCCUAAGAAAGAGGUGUCCAUGUUAGAGGCAAUCAGUGUCCUGAAUCCAGACCACACUAACGUGGUGAAGUUCUUCGAGCGGUUUGAUUAUAUGGGACAGACCUGUCUAGCAUUCGAGAUGCUGGAGAGCAGUCUCUAUGACCUGGUCCACGAACGAGACUGGAAUCCACUGUCUCUGAACGAGAUCCGGCCGAUCGCAAAGCAGCUAUUGGAGGCCUUGGAUGCCCUGAAGGGUCUCGGUAUCCUGCAUACCGAUAUCAAACCGGACAACAUUAUGUUCGUCAACAAGCAGGACCGGCCCCUCAGAGUGAAAUUAAUAGACUUCAGCGAAGCCAUUCCAGCCUCCAACGUCCAACCUGGGAUGGAUCUUCAGCCCACCGGGUACAGAGCUCCAGAAGUCACCCUCGGCCUCCCCUUCACCGAGGCUAUAGAUGUGUGGGGAGUCGGCUGCAUCCUGGCCUUCCUCUAUCUCGCUGAAAAUCUCUUCUCUGUCGACUGUGACUAUCAGAUGAUGAAGAGCAUGGUGGAGGUUCUGGGUCAGCCGGAGGACCACCUGCUCCGUCCUGGGAAAUAUACUCGGUAUUUUUUCAAUGAGGAAAAGGCUGCUGACGGUCCAACAUGGAGGCUGAUGAUGCCUGAAGAAUACACAGCUGCCAACAAUGUGGAAGUAGUAGAGUGGCACAGCUUCAUUAACCUUCCCAGCUCUUUGGAUGACCUUGUUAAUAUCUAUCCAAAAUGGGAGGCUGCUGAAUUUGAGGACAGGAGGGCUUUUGUUGAUCUCAUCAAACAGCUGCUGCAUCUGGACGGGGGUCAGAGAAUCUCUCCCCAUCGAGCUCUGCAGAACUCGUUCGUCACAAAGUCCCACCUUACUGAGCACCCUGACGGCAGAGCCCAUUUGUCCACCUCUGGAACUAUGAUGAGCGUCUGCCCGACGGAGGCCUCAGCAGACAGGGUGAAGACCUCAGCAGCUUGCAAACCUCACCAAGAGUCAGGUGCUGGGUUUCAUGUCAGAGGUCUACCCUCUGGUGCCGAUGAUGACGCUCAAGCCACCACCAGGACAUUUUAAUGGAACCAAAGACACUGUCUCCAAAGACGAUGGUCCCACCACACGGUCACUUGCUGAUGAAGAUCCAGCUGACUGGUCUUCUGAUGGAGGACUAAUAUCUAUAUAACUACAGCAUGCCUUGUAUAAAUUAUUUUUGCAUGCAUUUAAUAUAGGUAGCUGUGUUGAUAUCAGCCAUCCUGCACAAAGUUUACUAAAUAUAGCAAUUUCUCAAUGCCUCAACCACAA